AUGGACUUCACCCAUCCCCACCACCACACCACUCUGUUCAAUCCGCCUGACCCCAGCGCCGGUAGCGAUUUCACCUAUGACUUUAACGUCCGCGGAACUGAUCAUCGCCGCCAUCGUAGUCACAAAGUCCAUCGCGUUGACCCCCAUGGGAAGAAGGAGGAGGAGCAGGCGGAACUCGUACAUGAUAUUGUGCUAGGGCCGGCGGAUACUUUGUUUCCCAUAAUCGACGGUUCUCAAAACAGCAAGGAGAAAAAGCACGCUCAGGAUAAACAGAUGACAAAUGGCCUGACGAAGACCAUGGACUUUACCAUCACAGACAAAGUGGAAGGAAAAGGAACCAAGAACCAGGAGAGUAAGGACAGCAAGGAGAGUCAGGAAUACGUGCGAGGGCUUGAAACCGAUGAAGUCGUGAACAAUGAAGUUGAGCAGAACGGAAAUGACAAGACGGAUCAGAAUAUCAAAACGAAAGAGGAAGAACACGGUGCCGACAACGAAGUUCAACAGGAGAGGAAAGAGAAGAAAGAGAAAGAUAAGGCAGGUCUACAGAGACGGCAGGAAGAAGCGGCAAAACGCCAGAGACUGGAAGAUGAGAUAACGGAGACAAGAACGCCGAUAGAUCUAGCGGAGGAUCUGGAAUCGAAGACUGAGACAACGACCAAGGUAGAUGUGAAGACGAAGGAGGUGCCAGAGACGAAGGCAAAGUCGAAGGCUAGGAUCCUAAUCACGCGGAUCAAGGCAAGGUUCAUGAAGACGGUGACGGAGCUGAGGAAGUAA